AUGGCUAGAAAGCGCAGACGUGCUGACCAUGAAACGAGUCGCCCUUUGAAACUCCGCAAAACCGGACCGACUUUCGGAAACGAAGCAUUGGAUAGACCUCAGUCUUCGCCAGGAAUCCACCACGGCGUACUCUCUUCUUUUUAUUCCAGAGUUUGUACCUUGCGAGUGUUUUUGCUGGCACAGCUACCAUCUACCUCUCGCGUCAGAAGGCGGACUCUCGCUGCCUUUGCGAAGGACCAUGCCGAUUCCCUUCUUGAUACCUGCCUCGUCGGUAUUCUGAAAGAACCAUCCAGUUCGAUCACAAAAUCACGCAAGGCCGACUUUAUAACAUUCACGCAGACUCAACAACGGGUUACCAAUGGGACCAACAUCCACACACAACGAUGUUGUAUGAACGAGAUUGUCGACUUUGUGAUUUGGUCCUUGUUCCGAGGAACAUUCAAGGGUCUUCGCCCACGACACAUCCUAUGCAAUGGUCUUCAGAGAGCUUCAGCUCUAGCAGAUUCCGUCGAACCAGGGAAGAGAUGCGUCCUACCCGGCAUAGUCAGGCAUCAUCCCAACGACAACAUCAGUGCUUUGACGUCAAGCCCAUGGACCGACAUUCUACCUCUUCUGGGCAAUGAUGCGGAGGCUAUCAUUUCGAGCCUAUUACUUGAUUGUGGUGUCUUCACAAGGCUUUCGAGAGGCAAUGGCAACUAUUAUCAGCUCAGUGGAACUCCUGUAUGUGAAUUGAAACAGACACGGAUGCCGUCGAAAGGUGUAAAUCCUCCAUCCACACAAGGCGCGAAUGCGAGCCGCGGAGCUGCCGAUAUCCGAUUCGUCAGAAAUCGCAUUCUGUAUGCAAAGGCCUCAGUAAACAAGGCUGGGAAAAUAAAAACGGGCUUGCAUCACAUGCAUGUUUUGGAAAGAUGCUCUCACUCUACCCAGUCAGACCACGCUGCCCAUGUCGCCAAAUACGUUUUCCCGAGACAAUUCGGGCUACACAACGUUUUCACAUCCACAACAGAUCCCACAGAGACCGCUCAGCAAUUCAAAGACUAUACCCUACGAGAGCAAGAAAUCAGAAGCAUAUGCAGCCGGGCUCGUGCAAAAAUACCACGUCGACUCCGUGGCAAGCCUCUGGAUCUGGUGAGGAAGAUCUUGCGUAACCACCUCAGAUGCUCAUACACUCAGCUCCUGCGGUAUUAUUGUUCCCUCGGAGGUUCCUUUGGAGGUUCCUUGAGCCGAAAAUCCCUGGAAAAUGGUUACGAACAGCACGUCCCUAGCUCAGAGCCGUUUGUGACACAGAUUCAAACCGCCUCUCCAAUUACAGCGUCCUUGUCUGUAACCACAGUCAUCCAUGACAAUGGACAUUCUUUUUUGCCGUAUUCAACACACCCUUCUAGGGUGUCGGCAUUUUGCCGGAUGGUUAUAACACAUCUCCUUCCCAGCGAUGCAUUCGGAGUCGGGCCCCAUGGGCUCCAGAAUCACAAAAACGUCAUGAUGUGCAUAGACGAAUUCGUAAAGAUGCGGCGCUUUGAGAGCAUGACCCUGCACAGUGUCACUCAGGGCCUUCGUGUCAAGUCCAUCCACUGGCUUUGUCCACCUGGCGAAGAAGGGUCGAAGAUGUCGAAGUCUGAUCACUCAAAACGGGUUGAGCUUCUACAUGAAUUCGUGUACUACAUCUUUGACUCUCUUCUGAUUCCGCUCCUUCGAGCAAACUUCUACGUCACCGAGAGCUCAGCGCAUCGCAAUCGAUUGUUCUAUUUCCGACAAGACGUCUGGCGCAAGCUCUCCGAGCCCAGCCUCACUGCGCUCAAGCUGAGUAUGUAUUCAAAUAUCACACCUCACCUAGCUCGCCAGAAACUCCAAUGCAGGACUUUAGGCUAUAGUCACGUACGCUUACUGCCCAAAGAUCAUGGAGCCCGACCAAUCACCAAUCUCCGACGCCGGCAGUGGAAGAUAGUCUCUGGCCGGAGGAUGUUAGGGAGUAGCAUCAACAACCAACUCAGUCCCUUGUUCAGUGUACUCAAUUACGAACGUGGCCAAGAUACGGCACCACUGGGGUCAGCCAUGUUUUCUGUCGCCGACCUGCACAGCCGGUUGACCAAAUUCAAGAGCGCCAACCCGCAAGGGUCGGCGUUGUUCUUCGUCAAGGUUGACAUCCAAUCCUGCUUCGACAGUAUCCCACAAGACCAGCUGCUGGCGAUCGCCAGAGGGCUCUUCUCCGAAACAUCAUAUCGAACAACUAGGCAUACCGAGAUAAAGUGCCUGGAUGGAGUGGAAAAAGACAACACCGGCUCGUUGCGACGACGAUAUAUUGGAACGGCCCGCUCGGCGGACGACACUGCGGUGUUUUCAGAGAUGGCUGCGAAUGCUGCUGCUGACACGAAACGAAAAGUUGUUUUCGCGGACACUGGUAACCAAAGACUGGUCUCGAAGUCGGCAAUGUUGGCGCUUCUCCACGAACACGUCGGAGAUAAUAUCGUCAAAAUGGGCAAAAAGCAUAUGAGACAAGUCAAGGGUAUUCCCCAAGGUUCGGUGUUGAGCAGUCUCCUCUGCAGCUACUUCUUCGGCGCAUUCGAGCGAGACCAGCUGGGCUUUCUGAAGCCAGAGUCUUCCCUACUGCUGCGGCUGAUCGAUGACUUUCUCCUGAUAACAAGGGACGCGCAGGUCGCAAGACGCUUCCUCGAAGUCAUGUCCAGUGGAGACAAGAAAUACGGCAUUGUGGUCAACGCAGGGAAAUCGCUGGUCAACUUCGACGUAACCAUCAACGGGCAUAAGAUCCCGCGACUUUGUGGCGAGAAAUUUUUCCCAUACUGUGGAAUGGCCAUCGAAAUGAAGACAUUGGAGCUACAGAAAUACCGAGAAAAAACAGAUGCAUACGUGAACAACACACUCACCGUUGAGAAAAGCUCCAGACCAGGUGUGACAUUGAGAAGAAAGGUGCUUGCGUCACUGAAACUGCAGAUGCAUGCCAUGCUACUAGACACGUCCUUGAACAGCAGAAAACAGGUCAUAUUGACGCUGCUGGGAAAUUUCACCGAAACGGCGAUGAAGAUGCACCAGUACAUGGUACAAAUGGGUCGAGGCGUUCAUUCGUCCCAGAUGUUCAUGAGAACGCUGAUAGAAGAAUUGGUGAUGGUCAGCACCAAGAUCUGCUGGAUGAAGAACAGAUCCCAGCGAGAUAUCACCAGAGGGCAGAUGUGCUGGGUUGCAGCUGCAGCUUGUGAGGGUGUGUUCUCGCGCAAACAAAGUCAGUAUAGGGAAGUUUUGGUGUGGCUUCGAUCACUGAGAGAAAGCACCGAAGACCGGAUGAAGGUCGACAGGAAGGUUCUCACCGCACUGCUGGAGGAAAACAGGCGCACGUUCCACGGCUACAUUUACUGA